AGCCGUCGCGCGCAGUGCGCGCGGGCUGGCGCGGAGCGGGGAGCGGCCGCCAUGUGGAGCGGGCACGGCACCUUCGAGGGCGGGUUCGGCGCCGCGGGGCCACCGGGCGGCUUCGCACAGUCCCCGGGAGGCUUCGGGUCUCCGGCCGGGGCCGAGAGGAAACAGAGAAUCCGCUCGCAGAACAUCGUGCCUUGCACAGUGUCACAGCUGCUGGCAGCUGAGCAGGUGGAUGAAACCUUCCGGAUCCACGAUGUGGAGAUCUCCCAGGUGACCAUCAUGGGGAUCAUUCGGCACGCUGAGAAAGCACCAACAAACAUUCUCUACAAAGUGGAUGACAUGACGGCAGCCCCAAUGGAUGUCAGGCAGUGGGUCGACACUGAUGAGGCAGGUGGCGAGAACGUUGUAGUACCUCCAGGAACGUACAUCAAAGUUGCUGGGCACCUCCGGUCUUUCCAGAAUAAGAAAAGCUUGGUGGCUUUUAAGAUCAUGCCUCUGGAAAACAUGAAUGAGUUCACCACACACAUCCUGGAGAUCGUCAACGCGCAUAUGGUCCUCAGGAAGAAUCUCAUGUCAGCUUCGAGAGUGCCGCAGUCGUUUUCCUCUACUGGGGUCGGUGGCAUGGGGGGCUAUGGAGGAGGCAGCAGCCUUCCAGUGAACGGGCUCACAGCGCACCAGAGUCAGGUGCUGAACUUGAUUAAGAACUGCCCUGUCCCAGAAGGUAUGAGUCUUCAGGAGCUGAAACAUCAGCUCCAGAAUAUGAGCAUGGCAACGAUCAAGCAAGCAGUCGAAUUCCUCAGCAGUGAGGGACACAUCUACUCCACUGUGGAUGAUGAUCACUACAAGUCGACGGAUGCUGAGUGAAGUUACUUCCAGCUGGAUUUAGUUCUAAGCAAGUGCUUGUCCAUGUAUCAAGUUAUUCUACCGAGCUUUGCGACGUGGAAGGUGAUCUCUGCCCUUUCCAGCCUGUAAAGUCCCAGUUACUCUGAGUGCCUCCUUGGAAUUCAAGGACAUGCAGAAGGUAUAGAUUCUGUUACCUGGACUUUGUUAUACGCUGUGACCAUGUGACUGAAAGCAUAAGCAGACAUGGGAAAACUGAACUCCUUGGAGCUUCAGAGCCUUCAGUUUGUUUUUGUCUCCUUAGAGGAUGCUGUGUUAGAAAGAAAAACCUCUUUCUAAUCUUGCCCUGGGCAGAUGGUCUUGUCUUUUUUCUAGAGCUGUCCCUGCUAACUCAGCUUUCAUUCCAUUUCAUUCACAAAGUGGGUAGCCAGGAGUAAUAGUCCACUACUGUACAGUAAUCAUGAAUAGAUUUUGAAUUGGUUUAGUUUAUGCAUUUAAAUCUAUAUUUGUACCAGGAGGUGAUCUUGUUACUAGAGCUUUUGAAUGUUUCAAAUAAAGUUUUAACUUGGGUA